AUGCCUCCUGCUGAGAGGCUCAAGGUGCUCCUCUUCUUGGCUCUGUUCUCCGGUGCCGUGGGUGCGCUGCUCGCGCUCCUCUCCUGCGGGACGGAGUACUGGCUGCUGGCCGCCGAGUCCUGCAGCGGGCCGGAGGGACGCGAGGGCGAGAGCGGCGCCGAGGUAUUUAAACCCAACACCCGGUUUACUCGUGGCGUGAGGGUCUUCCACGAGGGCCUGUUCUGGCGUUGCUCCUUCAUGGCGGCCUCAGAUCAUCAAUCUGUGUGGGACCUUUGGAUCUCUAAUCCGCCUCAGUACAAGGUGUGCCAGGCCGCCUUCCUCUUCCCGUUUCCUGUCAGUGGGACACGCGGUUCCCCCGCAGAACCGUAUGAAAGUCCCUCUGCCAUUGUUUUCAGGACCUUCUGGAGCUUCUUUCUCGUCGCAGGAGCGGCGUCCGUCGUCGCCGGUGGAUUCAUGGUCAUCUGCGCCGGUCCUCUGGCCAAUCACAGACUCUACAGAGUGGGGGGGGGCCUUCUGCUAUGUGGCGGUCUGAGUCUGCUGGCGGUGCUGGUGAUGUACCUGACGUGGGUCCAGAUCCUGGACACUCUGGAGCAGUUUGCCCUCCAUCACAGAGCCUCCACUUGCCCCUCCUUCCACCUCAGCGUCCGGCACGGCCCUUCGUUCCUGAUGGCUCCGGUCGCUGUCUUCUUCUGCCUGCUGGCUGGGCUGCUCUUCACCCUGAUUGGCCGCGGCGUUCAGGGGAUCCAGCUCGAUGAGAGAAACGGACUUCCUGAACCUCCUGAACCUCCAGCAUCUGACACUUAUGUGUGAUGACCUCCUUCAACCACAAUAUGGACUGAA